AUGCCCCUGUGUGGGAAUGGCACAGCCCGGAGCACCCCACUACGGCGCUAUGCGAAGUCGUUGGCCAGGGGGUCGCCGAGUCCACCAAAGCCUCCGAUGCAGUUCCCGAUGUACACUCUGCCCGUGGAGAGGCUCCUGGAAAUGGGUGAAAUCGAACCCCAUGAAGUGCUGAAGGAGCGAGGUCUCCUUGUGGACUUCGAGGAGAGCAUGGGCAAAGCAGCUUUUGUGUCCCACCAGUGGGUUGGCCAGAAGCACCCGGACCCAGAGUUCAAGCAGCUUAGGGUGCUUCAAGAUGCUUUGAAGCACAUACUCUCGAAGAUGCGCUACAUCUGCCUGGACUUCUUCACAGAACUGCUGGUGUUCGGUGCUAAGCCCCUUGAUACAGAGGAGAUCAGGGUACAGCCCCUCUUCAUCUGGUAUGAUUACUUCUCCUGCCCGCAGCUUGACCUUCAAAUCAUUGGCUCCCUGGAUGGUAGGCUGCGAAAUGCUCAAGGGAGUGAACUUGUCCAGGCAAUCUACAGCAUCCCCGCCUACAUUUCCAGGUGCUCAUUCUUCUUCGCACUUUGCCCAGUCAUCGACAGCGCAAACCAGUCGAAGGUGUUCACACCCUUCACUUGGAGUGACCGCGGUUGGUGUAGAUUUGAGAGAGCUUGCCGUGAGCUUUCCGAAAAUGCCUCCUGGAUUUUGAUCCGAAGCCGGACAGAACUUGAACUGAUUGCAUCACCCUUCGCGGCGAUCGGGGGAUCAGCUGGGGAGGGUGCUUUCACGUUGGCCGAAGACAAGCUGCAGCUAGCAGAAGUACUGCUGCAAGCCUUGAAGCGCAAGCUCCACCUCUUGUUGCAAAGAGAGGACUUGGAGGGCUACCGCGUGCUCCUGAACUUGCAGCAUGUCCACCUGCGAGGAUUUUCGGUCCGGCCCUGGCAAAAUCUGGUACCCGGCUUUGAGCCCACAGAUCUUGGGGUUCAUGAUCCGAGCUCCCUGAGAGCAUCUCGCUUCCUGCAUGAGAACGGCUUUUCAAGCCUGGGCGACGUUGACAGAAGAGGUUGGUCGCCCCUGCACUAUGCCGCCCUGGCAGGGGACGCCCUAGUGAUUGAAUGCUUACUGGAGCAAAGGGCUGACCUUCACCGCCUCACCCAAAAGGACCAACCACAGGCCGGAGUCCAGCCCUGGGCCUCGGCUCUUGCAAUUUGUGUCAUGUUCAAACACAGCAAGGCUACUCGGCUGCUCGUCGCCGCGAAGGCUCAACUCAAUUCUGGAAUCCAGCCGCCCCUUCACAUGGCGGCCAUGGCGAACAACGCGGAGGGCAUCCGCAUUCUCUGUGGGGCUGGCUGCAAGGUCAACUCCAAGGACGUUUUCGGCUUCUCUUCCUUUGAAGCAGCUUGCGGGUUCGGCAGUCUCGAAGCUGCAGACGAGCUCCUUCAGCAAGCAGCAUACCAAAUCGACGUAUCUCGAGCACUCUUCUGUGCUAUGGCCAACCGUGGCGGUAAAGCCGAGCUUGUGCAUAGACUGCUGGCUUUACGAGCAGAUGUCGACCACCAGUUCAAGCAGAGCUGGCUUUCUUUGCAUGGCAUCUACACUUGCGUGAGAAUUCUACAGCAAAAGUCCGGCAAGGCUACAUUUGCCAGCAGAGCUGCAUAUCAUGGGGAUGGCAUGACGCCUCUCAUGGCUGCCGUGAUGUCAGGGCAAUAUGAAGGAGCUGCGGCUCUAAUUGCAGCAGGGGCCAGCCUCGACUUGCGCAAUGGCCGAAAGUGGAGUACCUUCGAUUUCGCGCGAGAGCAAUCGCUGCCGCACUUUCUGAUGGAGGCACUGGAAGGACGGAUAGAAGAAGUCGGACGAAUCUUCACCGAUGCAGUAGCCAGCAGCCAAUUUGAGAUCUGA